CGCCCUCUCCCCGGUCGCCUUUCAAUCCCACGUGCCUCGUCUCAUGAGGAAGCCGCUUCGUACCCAGCGCCGCCGUGCUCCGGCUCUGUUACUUAGUGCCCUGCGGCCCCUGCCGUGCCUGCUCGGCAGGGACCGCGCCAGGAGUUGUAAACUCAGUCUCCGUUAAUUCAUUGCGAUUGAUGUUUAUGCAGAUAGUGGCUUUUAUGGAACGCCUUUUAGGAAAAGGCCCGAGACAGUUGAGCGGUUGUAAUAAGCGCCUCUCACUAGCAAUCUGCACAAGCAAGGCAGUGUGUGCCUCCUCAACUCGUUUCAGCGUUCUCCUUCGAGCAGUUAUCCUGCAGAAUUUAUCCCUGAUGAUGGCUGCUGUUGGGCACAGGAUAGUACUUUGUGGCGUGUGAGUCACUCUUCUGCUGUGAGAAUAGACUCUGGCAACUUUGGAGUGUUUAUGCUUGACAUGGAAUUCUUCUAACAGUUUGUAUAACUCAAAAACUAGGUAUUACAGUGCUAUGUAAGAAGAAUGAGAUUUCUUUUGUUACUACCUUUGGCAGGUGUCUCAGAGGAUUUCACUGUGCUCAGUGCUGUUUUGUUCGCUAUGUGAAGAUACUCACAAGCCAUCUAAAAGCCUUUUCCACUUCAGUGCUUUAUAACCCAGCCUCUGUGAAUGUUGGUACAUGGGAAGAGAAUCUGGAAAUAACGGUGAAUUGCUUCACUUGGCUAUGACUUUUAUUUAUUACUCCUCUUGAAAGAAGAAUUUUAUGAACUUUUAUCUGAAGACAGGUGCUUUCAGCUUGAAGAUCUGAAGGCAGUGGUUCUGCUGACACAAAGGUGGCAGCUCUGAGCCCUAUUCCACCAGUGGCUUCCUAUCCUACCCUGUGCCUUAAACAUGGAAACUGUAGAAAUUAAUAGUGUAUCCUUGAAACGUCCUCGCCCUGAGGAUGAUGUGGCCAGUGCAGAUGAAAUUAAAAGACAGAAGAUCGUGGAGAAGUCUAAGGCAGGGAAUGACUCUGGGCAGAGUAUUGAGACUAUAACAGAACAACCUGAGGACAUGAAAAGUGAAAUAAUCCCCAAUGAGGAAAGUGAGGAGCAGGAAGAAGAGGAACUAGAGGGCAGUGAUGAAGAUGGAGAUCCAGAGAGCUUUGCAGACAUGAUGAAGCAUGGACUGACAGAAAGCGAUGUUGGCAUAACUAAAUUUGUUAGCUCUCAUAAAGGGUUUUCUGGAAUCUUAAAAGAAAGAUAUUCAGACUUUGUUGUCCAUGAAAUAGGCAAAGAUGGACGUGUGAGCCAUUUAGAUGACUUUUCUGUUCCAGUGGAUGAUGAGGUAAAUUUUGAGGACCCAUCAGAAGAAACAUUUACAGUUUUGUCAGAUGAGGACAAGCAGCGUUUGGAGGAGCUCCAGCUUUUUAAGAAUAAGGAAACUAAUGUUGCCAUAGAGGUAAUUGAAGACACCAAAGAAAAAAGAACCAUCAUCCAUCAGGCUGUGAAGUCCUUGUUUCCAGGGCUGGAGACUAAAACAGAAGAUCGAGAUGGAAAGAAAUACAUUAUUGCUUAUCAUGCUGCUGGGAAAAAAGCAUUAGCAAAUCCAAGAAAGCACUCUUGGCCAAAAUCUAGGGGAAGUUACUGCCAUUUUGUACUGUACAAGGAGAACAAGGACACUAUGGAUGCCAUUAAUGUCCUCUCCAAAUUUUUAAGAGUGAAGCCAAACAUAUUUUCCUACAUGGGAACUAAGGAUAAAAGGGCUAUAACAGUUCAAGAGAUCGCUGUUCUCAGAAUCACUGCACAGAGACUUGCUCAUUUGAAUAAAUGUUUGAUGAACUUCAAAUUAGGAAAUUUCAGUUACAAGAACCAUCCACUGAAAUUGGGAGAACUGCAAGGGAACCAUUUCACUGUUGUUCUCAGAAACAUAACAGGAACGGAUGACCAGAUAGAGCAAGCAAUGCAUUCACUCAGGGAAAUUGGAUUCAUUAAUUACUAUGGAAUGCAAAGAUUUGGAACCACAGCUGUUCCUACUUAUCAAAUUGGCAGGGCUAUUCUACAGAACAACUGGCAUGAAGUAAUGGAUUUGAUACUAAAACCACGACCAGGAGCUGAAAAGGGAUACUUAGUCAAAUGCAGAGAAGAAUGGGCAAAGACUAAAGAUCCAGCAGCAGCCCUCAAGAAACUACCUGUAAAAAGCUACCAGAGUUAUGUGUGGAAUAAUAUGGUGAGCAAAAGAAUAGAAGAAUACGGGCUUAGAGCUGUACCAGGAGAUCUCAUCCUUAAAGGAGCCACAGCUGUUCACAUUGAAGAAGAUGAUGUUGAUAACUACACUAUCCAUGAUGUAGUGAUGCCAUUGCCUGGAUUUGAUGUUAUUUAUCCAAAGCAUAAAAUUGGUGAGGCCUACAAGGAGAUGCUGGUAGCUGACAACCUUGAUAUCAACAACAUGAGGCAUAAAAUCAGAGAUUACUCACUUUCUGGAGCAUACAGAAAGAUUAUAAUUCGGCCUCAGAAUGUCAAUUGGGAAGUUGUUGCAUAUGAUGAUCCUAAAAUCCCAUUAUUUACUACGGAUUUGGAUAAACUGGAAGGAAAACCAUUACCUGUUCUCCCUACAGAUGGCAAAUUCAGGGCACUAAAGAUGGAGUUCUCCCUUCCCCCAUCCACUUACGCUACCAUGGCGAUUCGAGAAGUUUUGAAAAUGGACACCAGCAUAAAAAACCAGACACAACUGAAUACUACCUGGUUGCGCUGAAUGAACUGCAAAACUACUUAAUUUUAACGAACAAAGUGUUUUCUUAUUUACAUGUUCUGUACAAAUCUUCAAAGAGUCACAGUAAGAGAUUUGUAUUUUUUUAAGUUUUUUUAGUGCUAGCAUUUAACUUCAGUAGUCCUUUGCAAGAUGGUGACUGUAAUAUAAUACAGAUUUUAGUGACUGGUGCUUUUUACUGAAUGAGUAAGUUGCUUGAGCUGUAACAUGGGUGCAUUUUUAGAAUUGAGCUUAGAAUGGCGUCAGACCUGCAAGAAUGUUUAGCUUGCUUUUUUGUGCAAGCACUGAAUGUUUUCAUGAGUUCAGCCCACCUUGAAGUCUUUUCAAAUACAAUGAAUUACAUGGAGAAAGAUGGAUUACAACAAAAUUAAGAUACUGAUGAACACAGGAGUUGCUGGAGUUUUGCUGGUAGCAUUUGCACUGAUGCGGUAGCGGAUUCUGUUAGCAAGGCUUUUGUGUGCUGUAAAGCUCUUUUAAAUAUUUUGACUUUUCACUGAGAAAAUACUUGUAUUUUCCAACUAAUGCCUGUACCAAAGAACAGGUACUAAAAAUAAAUCUAACCUGAAACUCUGA